AUGAAGAGCAAAAUAGACAAAAAGGCCACGCGUAGCAUAGCUGCCCUUGGCCAGGCACUCUUUACGCGCUGCCCCUUUGAUCACCCCGAAGGCCGGAACAAGGAGAACUUAGGACAGCUUUUGCAUCACAAGACUCUGCCUACCUUGGCCAGCAGAGGGAUCGAGGAUCGGAAGGCUCAAAGUUCUGGAGCAUGUGCGACGGCUGCACAAUGCCGAGGAGACACUCAGUUUGCCCCAGAGGUGCUCAGCUACUUCCGCAGCCUGCCCAAGCAACAGGGUAUCGACCAGGCACUGGCCUGCCUCCUUCGCCUGGGAAGCCUUUCCAAGCGCUCAGCCGUGCAGGAUGCGAACGGAUGCGACUUGGUGGUUCCCAAAAGCUUGGAGAGAUUUGGGAUCUUUAAGUCUUUGGGCGGAUCAAGUUUUCAGGACAAGUACAGACGUGCAGAGUUCAAGGCAAAGGGAGCCGGCCUUUUGGGGCAGGACUCCGCCAUCGAGGGCCUUCUCGACUUUAUGCUACAGCACCAGCAGGCACCACCUGCUGAUGUCCCAAGGCUCAGCCUGGGCGCAGCGUGUGCUGGUGAAUGCCAUGAUUCGCAGGCACUUCGCGGCCCGCGUGCCCUGGGCGCUGCGCUGGUGGCCUUGGCGCGGCUCCGCGGCGGCGCGCGAGCCCAGGCCAGAGUUGUGCACCGUAGCAGGUGGUGCCAUGAGGCGCCUUGUGCUGUGCCAGUCGGUGCACCUGUUCGGAUUGAGGAGCUCCGCCGGCGCUGCCUGGCGCGCGCAGCCUCCCAGACCGGCGCCGGGCCGCGCGCCGCGGGCCUGCAGAGUGGCGGAGAGCGAUCUUUGAUGGUUGCAGCGCAAAGCAUUCUUAAGAUCCGAACGGAUUCCUCGGCAAAGGAUUUGGCCAAUAUGGCCUGGGCAGCGGCCACCUUGAGCGAGCAAGGCAAGAGACAGCAGUGGAAUGCAUCCUCGAGCAUCUGUAACGCUCACCCUGUUCUGUUUUCACCUUUUUCCCCGGCCCGCGAGAAUUGCUUGGCUGCCAUUCACGGCUUAGUGGCCCCUCGAACGUGUGCCGCUGUGCUGCGGCACGUGGCCCGCGAAGCGCUGAUCGGCAGGCCGGCGUCUUUGAAGUCUGGCUUCCAGCCCCUGGACUUGGUGUGGGCCCAGCUGUGCUGGUCCAUGGGAACUCUUCGCGAGGCGCCCAUGCCGCUCUCCGAAGCACUGUUUUCGGCCGCGGAGCAGCGGCAUGCCGAGUUGGCGCCGCAGGGCUGGGCCAAUGUAGCCUGGGCCUGCGCGCGCCUCUGCUCUCGAGGCCCGCGAGCCGCUGUCAACUGCGCCCUGCAGAUGGUCACCGCGGCCGGAAGGGCACUCCGUUCUGAUCCCGAGGUAUUCGCCGCGCAGAACAUGUCUAAUCUGGCCUGGGCGGCAGGGACGCUGGCCAUCGACGACGACCCCUUCUUCACCUCGCUGGCUGCUGCGUGCCGCGUCUGCGAGCUCAGACCACAGCACGUGGCGAACAUCGCCUGGUCUUUCGGCGCAGUGGCAAAUCGGAACGACCAGUUUAUGCACUUGCUGAGCGAGCGGGCUCUUGACAUCGGUCUGGCAUCCUUUCAGUCUGAGGAGCUUGCAGGCUUCCUCUGGGCCCUGGGCACACUAGGCUCUGCGCCGCCAGUGCUGAGCGCCGCCUUGCCGGAGGUGCAUCGCCGUGCAUGGCAGCUGGGAGCCACGGAGCUCAGUGGCGUGAUUUGGGCGCUUGCGGCUCUUGGACAGGACUCUGCAGCUUUUGCCACCGCCACACAUGUGGCGGAGAAUCGUGCGACAGAGCUGUCGCCACAAGGACUGGCGAAUGUCUUCUGGGCCUUUGCAACCCUGGAGGUGCCCUGGGAGUUCGGCGUUUCGGCUCCGCGGCUCUCCAGCGCUGCGCACGCGCGCUGCCAGGAGCUCACGCCGCAGGGCCUGGCUAAUCUCGCCUGGGCCCUGGUGGUGCUCACGGCUGCCGAGGCCAUCAGUGAAAGUGCCGAGGUAUCUGCGCUGCAUGCUGUGCUCAACCGUGCGCCUACGGUGGUAGGCUCUCUGAAGACGCUGGAGCUUGCUGCUCUCGCCUGGGUGGCAGCACGUUGCGGGAGUUAUGUUUCCGUGCCCAGCAGCCUCGAAGCCGCCUUGGCCACAGAGGUCCUGCGUCGCCUGGCCCAUGCCGAGGACUUCGAGCCCAGGCAGCUGUCGAACUUCGCCUGGGCCUUUGCGACCAUGGCUUCACGUGCCACGCUGAUCGAAGCCCUGGGCCAGGAGGCGCUGCCAAGGUUGGAAAGCUUCUCCUCGCAAGGCCUCUCCAACAUGACCUGGGCGCUGGGCUGCACGACCGCUUUCACACAGGGAAUCGGUGAAAGCCUUCUACGAGGCCUCGCUGCUGCCGCAGCUCCGCGGCGCAGCUUCACGCCGCAGGGCCUUGCCCUGCUGGCCUGGGCAAUCGCGCCAGAGAGCCGCAUGCGGAUGGAUCCUAUGCCAUCCUGGCCAGCAACUGCCAAGCUGCAGCUCCUUGAGACCAUCCAGCAAGAGACGCAGGUGAACCUAGCCCACGAAGACCGGCUGCGAACUGGACCAAGAUGGAGCUGA